GGCUGGCUGGUGGGGAGGCUCCGGGCUCAGGUCCUGCGGCGGCGCCUGCGGCGCGGAUUCCCCACGUCCUCGCCCGGGCUGGGCCUGAGGGACGGGCGAGCCGGGGCGCGGGAGGAGGCGGCGGCCCCGGCUCGGGUCCUGCGAAUCCCCGCUCCCCUCAGGGCGGCCCCCGAGGAGUCCCCGCCCCCGCCGCAAAGCUCCGGCGCCAGUGGCUGGCGCUGGCCCCGCCCCUUGGCCCGGGCGGCCCGGGAUUCCCGGCGGAGCGGGGGUUGGCUUUGGCCCCGGGGGUUCCGGGCGCGGCCCCAUGGCCUCCGAGGCGGUGAAGGUGGUCGUGCGCUGCCGCCCCAUGAACCAGCGGGAGCGGGAGCUGCGCUGCAGGCCGGUGGUGACUGUAGACUGCGCGCGCGGCCAGUGCUGCAUCCAGAACCCGGGCGCCGCCGACGAGCCGCCCAAGCAGUUCACCUUCGACGGCGCCUACCACGUGGACCACGUCACCGAGCAGAUCUACAACGAGAUCGCCUACCCACUGGUGGAGGGUGUCACUGAGGGCUACAAUGGCACCAUCUUUGCCUAUGGCCAGACAGGCAGCGGGAAGUCCUUCACCAUGCAAGGCCUGCCGGACCCGCCCUCCCAGAGAGGCAUCAUCCCCAGGGCCUUCGAGCACGUGUUCGAGAGCGUCCAGUGUGCAGAGAACACCAAGUUCCUGGUCCGGGCCUCCUACCUGGAGAUCUACAAUGAAGAUGUCCGGGACCUCCUGGGGGCUGACACCAAGCAGAGGCUGGAGCUGAAGGAGCACCCGGAGAAGGGCGUGUACGUGAAGGGGCUGUCCAUGCACACGGUGCACAGCGUGGCCCAGUGUGAGCGCAUUAUGGAGGCCGGCUGGAAGAACCGCUCUGUCGGCUACACACUGAUGAACAAGGAUUCCUCACGCUCCCACUCCAUCUUCACCAUCAGCAUUGAGAUCUCUGCCAUGGAUGAAUGGGGCAAGGACCACCUCCGGGCGGGCAAACUGAACCUUGUGGACCUGGCGGGCAGUGAGCGGCAGUCCAAGACUGGGGCCACGGGCGAGCGGCUCAAGGAGGCCACCAAGAUCAACCUGUCACUGUCGGCACUGGGCAACGUCAUCUCGGCGCUGGUGGACGGGCGCUGUAAGCACAUCCCCUACCGGGACUCAAAGCUGACACGGCUGCUGCAGGACUCACUGGGUGGCAACACCAAGACGCUGAUGGUGGCCUGCCUGUCUCCUGCGGACAACAACUAUGAUGAGACACUCAGCACACUGCGCUACGCCAACCGGGCCAAGAACAUCAGGAACAAGCCGCGCAUCAACGAGGACCCCAAGGAUGCACUGCUUCGCGAGUACCAGGAGGAGAUCAAGAAGCUCAAGGCCAUCCUGACGCAGCAGAUGAGUCCCAGCUGCCUAUCAGCCCUGCUGUCUAGUCAGACACCCCCAGACCCUGUGCAGGCGGAGGAGAAGCUGUUGCCCCCGCCUGUGAUCCAGUAUGACAUGGAGGCUGAGAAGCAGCUGAUCCGGGAGGAGUAUGAAGAGCGCCUGGCCCGCCUGAAAGCUGACUAUAAGGCUGAGCAGGAGUCUCGGGCCAGGCUGGAGGAAGACAUCACUGCUAUGCGCAACUCAUAUGAUGUUAGGCUGUCCACGCUGGAGGAGAACCUGCGGAAGGAGACAGAGGCUGUCCUGCAGGCGCGAGUCCUCGACAAGGCUGAGGUCAUGUCCAAGGCUGAGGUCAUGUCCAAGGCUGAGGUCAUGCCUAGGGCUGAGUUUGCCAGCAGGUCUGAGUACCCGCCUGCUUUUCAGUAUGAGAUCGUGGCAAAGCCCGAGGUCUUCUCCACAGCUGACCCUCCGCCCAGUGACGAUUUCUCCAAGACUGAGCUUUCCUCCAGGUUUGCGGAGCUGCGCAAGGUGGAGCCCUCCAAGUCUGAGAUUUCUCUGGGCUCCAGCGAGUCAUCCACGCUUGAAGAAACCUCUGUGUCUGAGGCUUUCCUUGGGCCCGAGGAACCCUCCAAUGUGGAGGUCUGCACGCCCACUGUGCAGUCCGGCAGCAGAUACUUCCUGGAUGAGUGCCUCAGGCAGGAGUCUGCUGGGCAUCUCCUGGGGGAGCAGAACUACCUCCAGGAAGAGGAGCCGCAGGAGGAGCCUCUACAGGGGUUACUAGGCCUGUGGGACCCGUUUGCCAAGGUGGAAGCCAAGCUGGCCAGACUCUCCUCCACCACAGCCAGGACAGAUGCACCCCAGGCAGACAUCCCCAAGGUCCCCGUGCAGGACCCCGUGCCGACAGACCUGCUGGAGCCUGGGGAUGCCAGGCCUGAAGCCGAGGUGGCUGGUGACUUCCUGCCCAGGCCUGAGGUGGAUCUGGUCUCGGAAGUGGCCUUGGAGGUGAUGCCAACAGCAGAGCCUGGCGUGGGGUUAGAGGCUGAGGCCCCAGUGGCCCUGGGGGCUCAGCCUCAGCCCCUGCCAGCCAUGACCAACAUGAGGAGGGAAAGCAUGGGCAUAGAGGUGGCAGUGCUGGAGGACGACCUGCUGUCCAUUGAGGACCAGCAGCAGGUGCUGGCCCGUCUGCAGCUGCUGGAGCGGCAGGUGGUGGGUGGAGAGCAGGCCAAGAACAAGGACCUGAAGGAGAAGCACAAGUGGCGCAAGCGGUAUGCAGACGAGCGCAGGAAGCAGCUGCUGGCUGCCCUGCAGAACACGGAUGAGGACAGCGGGGACUGGGUGCUGCUCAACGUCUACGACUCCAUCCAGGAGGAAGUGCGGGCCAAGAGCAAGCUGCUGGAGAAGAUGCAGAGGAAGCUUCGGGCCGCAGAGGUGGAGAUCAAGGACCUGCAGUCCGAGUUUCAGCUGGAGAAGAUCGAUUACUUGGCCACCAUCCGCCGGCAGGAGCGUGACUCCAUGCUCUUGCAGCAGCUCCUGGAGCAGGUGCAGCCCCUGAUUCGCAGGGACUGUAACUAUAGCAACCUUGAGAAGAUUCGGCGUGAGUCCUGCUGGGAUGAAGAUAAUGGCUUCUGGAAGAUCCCACAGCCUGCCAUCAUCAAAACCAGCCUCCCAGUAGCAGUUUCAACUGGGCCACAGAACAAACCAGCCCAAAAAACCUCUAAAGCAGAGAAUGGCGAGCCGAACAUGCUCACUGGCAAGAACCUGUCUCCUAUAUUUGGUGGUGCAACAGGAAUGCAUGUUAUUAAAGCUGGGGUGUUUUCCUCUUUCUUUGUGGGGACAGUUUCACUUCAUCACCCAGUCUGGAGUGCAGUGGCAUGAUCUUGGCUCACUGAAACCUUCACCUCCUGGGUUCACGUGGUUCUCGUGCCUCAGCAUUCUGAGUAGCUGAGAUUACAGGCACCCACCUCCACACCUGGCUAAUUUUUGUAUUUUUAGUAGAAACAGGGUUUUGCUACGUUGGCCAGGCUGGUCUCAAACUCCUGGCCUCAUGAUCUGCCUGCCUUGGACUCCCAAAGUAUUGGGAUUAUAGGCGUGAGCCACUGUGCCCAGACAAGCAGAGGUAUUUUCAGUGAAACUCUUCAAGUUAACUUAGCUGGGAGCUGCUGUCCCCAGCAGCCACCAAAGGCUUAGACAGAAGGGCACCAGCAGGAAUCCACAGGUCCCUUGGCAUGGCCUGGUCAUCAAGGGUUGGAUUGCAGGCACAGCUUCCACGACACAAGUCCAUGAGCAACGAUGUGAAAGUUGUUAUUUACAGAGCCUCAGGCUAGGCAGAGCCACCAGAGAGGGACCCAGGCAGCUGGACCCCCUGCUAGUGUCCUUGUGUCUGGGCCUCUGGCAGCUGCUGGGGACAGUAGCUACAAGCUAAGUUAAUAGAGAAACUCAGAGUUUUGUUCAAAACAAGGGGUCAGCAAACUUUUUCUGUAAAGGACCUGAUCAUAAAUAUCUUGGGCUUUGAGAACCACAUGGUUUCUGUCACAACCACUCAACUUUGCCACUGUAGCACACAACAGCCACAGGUAAUACACAAAUGAAUGGUGUUUCAAUAAAGCUUUAUUUACAAAAACAGUCUGCAGGCCAGAUUUGGUCUCUUUGC